AUGGCGGCCCGUCCGCCGUCAUCGGACGACGAGCCGACUGCGCCGCCGCUGCGAGUGCAGAUAGCGAUGAACAUGUACGCCAUGGUGUCGCAGCUGCGCCACGACGACUCCCUCUCGCGCCUCCCAGACGCCGCCCUGCUCGAACAGUCCGUCGCCGCUGCGCGUUUCACGGAAAUCAUGGCCGCCUCUUCGAGGGGUGCGCGUGGUGCAGCGAUAGAUGCCGAUUUGCAAGGGCCGUCGCCAUGGGAGCAAGGCAGGCAGGUGGGGGUCGUAGGCGGGCUGGUAGCAGUAGAUCCGCAGCAUGAUUUCCAGGUUGAACGCACGGACAACGACCCCGGGUCCUUGCGUGCUGCACAGCACUCCGCGCGAGCGACGGGUGUGAUUAGCAGUCUUAUCGGAGAAAGCAUGGAAAGAGGCGUGAUGGGCCAAAGUGAAAUGGCAGUGGCGCUUUCUUCUGGACUGAUGCCGCACAUCGCGAGUGGGAAUGGCGAUGAGCGAUUCAACCGAAUGAUUCUGAGGCAAGUUUGGCAGCAGCAGCAGCAGCAGCAGCAGCAGCAGCAGCAGCAGCAGCAAGAGCAAGAGCAGGAAAGGACGAUGGAGCAGCAGCUCUUCCUUUUGCAGCAGCAACAGCAAUGGCAGCAGCAGGUAUUGCUUUCACAGAAUGAAGUGGCAAGACAUGAACAGGCCAUGGUACUGCGACAAAUGACAGCUGCACAUCAAAUGACAGCUGGACAUCAGAUGACAGCUGGACAUCAGAUGACAGCUGGACAUCAGAUGACAGCUGGACAUCAGAUGACAGCUGGACAUCAGAUGACACAUCAAAUGUCAGUUGCGCAUCCAAUGGCAGGUGGACAUCAAAUGCUAGCUGGACAUCAGAUGACACAUCAAAUGUCAGUUGCGCAUAUGGCAGGUGGACAUCAAAUGACAGCUGGACAUCAAAUGACAGCUGGACAUCAGUUGACAGCUGGACAUCAGAUGACACAUCAAAUGUCAGUUGCGCAUCCAAUGGCAGGUGGACAUCAAAUGCCAGCUGGACAUCAAAUGCCAGCUGUAUAUCAGAUGACAGGUGGACAUCAGAGGACCCACCAACUGACAGCUGGACAUCAAUUGACAGCUGGACAUCAGGUGACAGCUGGACAUCAAUCAGCAGCAGCACGCCCAGUGCACACUGUGGCACCGCAUGCGUCCUCGUCUGGCAUGCACUCUCGCCCCCUUGCCCGCCCUGACUCCGCCCUCUCACCGCAGCAGCAGCCCCGCGCCCAGCUACCCGCGCUGCAGGCGCACCCCGCGGAGGCUGGGGGGAAUGAUGCUGCGGGGAUAGACGCGGACGAGGAGGGGGGAAUGGACGACGAGGGGAGGGAUGGGGAUGAGGGGAUGGGUCAUGAGGGGGAAGAAGGGGGGGAGGGUGAAGGAGAGGGUGGGGACGAGGGCGGGGAUUCACGGCAGAGGAUGCGGAGGCGCGUGCAGGUGGAGCGAGUGAGGCGCCAGCGAGUGAGGUACCUGCCUGCCACUCCACCUCCCACCACCCACCUGUGCCCCACCGCGUCGCCGCUGCUGUCACGGCCCGCGUUAGACUCUCAUCUCGCAUCCACACAUACGCCCUCCUUCCCCCGAACUCACCCUCCCUCUCUCCCUAACUCCCUUGCCCCCUCCGUUCUUUCCUCCCUCCUGUUGCCCUCCUUCCCUCUCUCCCUCCUUCGCUCCCUCCUUCCCUCUCACCCCCCUUCUUUCCCUCUCUUCCUCCUUCACUUUCUCCCUCCUUCCUUUCUUUCUUGUUCCCUCUUUCCCUUUCUCGCAUGUUCCCUCCCUCCAUCCCUCUCUCCCUCAUUCCCCCUCUUCUUCACUCUCUUCUUACUUCCCUUUCUCCCUCCCUCCAUUCCUUUUUCGUUCCCUCUGUUCUCUCACUUUAUCUGUCUUCCUUCUUCCUUUCUCCAUCCUUCCCUCCCCUUUUCCCCCUCUUCCUUGUUCGUUCCUCCUCCCCCCUCUCCCACCUUCUUUCCCUCCCUUCUUCUUCCCACUCUCCCUCCUUCCCUCCCUCAUUUCCUCCCUCUUUCACUCCCUCCUUUCCUCCCUCCUUCCCUCCAUUCUUCCCUCUCUCCCUACUUCCCUUCCUCCUUCCCUCGUUCCAUCCCUUCAUCCUUCCUUCCCAAUGUCCCUCAUUCCCUUCCCUCUUCCCUCUCUCCCUUGCUCCCUCCCGCAUUCCCUCUCUCGCUUGUUCCCUCCUUCGCUCCCUCCUCCUUCUUUCCAUAUCCCCUUCCCUCCCUCCUUCGCUUGUUCUUCCAUAUCCCCUUCCUUCCCUCCCCCUUUCCAUCUCCCAUUCCUUCUUCCGUCUCUCCCUCCUUCCCACCUUUCCUCCUUCUUUCCCUCCUUCCCUCCUUUCUUCCUUCUCUACCUCCUUCCCUCUUUUCUUCCGUCUCUCCCUCCUUCCGCCCCUUCUUCCCCCUCUCCCUGCUUCCCUCCCUCCUUCCUUCUCUCCCUCCUUUGCUCCCUCCUUCCCAGUCUCCUUCCCUUCCUCCCUCCUACAUUCUCUCGCCCCUCUUCACCUUCCUUCCAUCUCUUCUUCCUUUCCUAUCUCCUCCUAACUCCCACUUCCUUCUUUCCUCCCUCCUUCCCUCUCUCCCUCCUUCCCUCUCUCCCUCCUUCCAUCUCCCCCUCCUUCCCUCUCCCCCUCUUUCCCUUUCUCCCUCCUUCUCACUCCCCCUCCUUCCCUGUCUCCCUCCUUCCCUCUCCCCUUCCUUCCCUCUCCCCUCCUUCCUCCUCUCCCUCCUUCCCUCUCUCCCUCCUUCGCUCUCUCCCUCCUUCCCUCUCCCCCGCCUUCCCUCGCUUCCUCCUUCCCAGUUUCCUUGCUUUCCUCCCUCCUACAUUCUCUCACCCCUUGUCUGGUUCCUUCUGUCUCUUCUUUCUUCCCUAUCCCCUCCUCCCUCCGUUCCUCCCUCCUAUUCUUCCCCAUCCACCUUUAUUCCCCCUCAUCCCUCUCUUUCCCCCCCAUUCCUCCCUGAUCCCCCCGAUCCGCCACGUGCCGACGACUGCAGCGGCCUCGAGCACAUACUCGUCUCCUCCACGCCCCCCUCCUCCGCUGCACCACCCUCUGCCACUGCUGAUCCUGCCAUUGCCACUGCUGCUGCUGCUGCUGCCUCCCUGCCGCAGCCCCACGGCAGCGCCAGCACGCCCCUGCCACCGGGCGCAUUCCCUCCCUUCAGACUGCCUCCCCACCCCCCACCGCCAUAG